GCGCUUCUCUCACUGCUUCGUGCACAUGUGUUGGGUUGAGCAUCGAUCUGUCGCUCGUCUUAGAAAAAUGGCUCCAGCCUGACGAGCGAGCUGGUCGCUUAGUCCCCAUGUGAGAGGCAGCUAAACCAAGCAAAGCUCCAAUGACAAUGGAGGUCGAGAUCUCGGUGGCAUAUUCGCUCGUCCAUGAAUGGUGCUCUGCAGUCUGCCUCGAUGGCAUGGAGCAUCACGUGUUCAUCGAGCCGCAUCUGCCUGGCUGUAUGCAAGCUAUUUAUAAAUAAAAAUGGGGGAUUUGGGGAGAAGAAAGCAGCUACCCGCCGCUAUUAUAGCCGGUGAGCUUUUGGUUCUUGUCUCCUCGAUUUCCUCGGUGCUCCCGGCGAUCUCCUCAGCCCUCGCUGUUCUAGGUUUCUCCGGCUUGGUUUCGGUGGAUUCUUGGAUCCCAUAAGGCAGGCGGCGUCCGGCUGCACAUCGAGUUCUUGAGCAAAAGUUGGUUGAAGAAUUUGUUCAGCCUUGUCUGUGAAUAUAUUUGGGGGUACAAGGAUAUCCAGCUGAGGUUUCUCUUGUGAGAUUAUAAUGGCUGCGGCGACAUCUCACCAUGCCAUUGUGUGUACCCAAUCUCACCAGUGGAGCAAUAGGAAUUCUAGGUUUGAGAAGACAACGGGCAAUUUGAAUAUGGUUUCAGUUGGAAAUAACAGCGCAAAUAGGCAGAAAUUUGGCCUGGUUUGUGCAUCGAGCUUACAAGGGUCUUCAGUGAUGGAGCCGGUUCAGCUACCCUCCAAUGGCAACAAUGGCCAUACCCCCAAGAAAUCAAGUGAAAGUUCUCUUAUAUUGAUAAGGCAUGGUGAAUCAUUGUGGAAUGAGAAAAAUCUGUUCACUGGAUGCGUCGAUGUGCCCCUGACACCCAAGGGUGUUGAGGAGGCUAUCGAGGCAGGUAAAAGGAUUUGCAAUAUCCCAAUCGAUGUGAUAUAUACUUCUUCACUAAUUCGUGCUCAGAUGACUGCAAUGCUUGCGAUGAUGCAGCAUCGGAGGAAGAAGGUUCCAAUCAUUGUGCACAAUGAGAGUGAGCAAGCACACAUGUGGAGUCAGAUAUACAGUGAAGAGACAGAGAAACAGUCUAUUCCUGUCAUAACAGCUUGGCAAUUGAAUGAACGAAUGUAUGGUGAGUUGCAAGGCCUUAAUAAGCAGGAAACUGCAGAUAGGUUUGGCAAGGAACAAGUUCAUGAAUGGCGUCGUAGCUAUGAUGUUCCUCCCCCAAAUGGUGAAAGUCUAGAAAUGUGUGCAGUGAGAGCUGUUGCUUAUUUCAAGGAACAGGUUGUUCCUCAACUCACAGCUGGAAAGCAUGUGAUGAUUGCUGCACAUGGGAAUUCACUCCGUUCAAUUAUAAUGCAUCUGGACAAAUUGACUUCUCAAGAGGUGAUUAGCCUUGAGUUGUCAACAGGCAUUCCUAUGCUUUACAUUUUCAAGGAAGGGAAGUUCAUUAGACGGGGAAGCCCAGUAGGACCUUCUGAGGCAAGCGUUUAUGCCUAUACCAGGAAAUUGGCUCAGUACAGACAGAAGCUAGAUAGCAUGGUCAUGUAAAAGCCCAGUAAGUUAGUAAUCCAAGCUUCAGCUCCCAUCGAAUUAUUAAUACUCCAAUAUCUCUAGGAGACAAACAUGUAACUUUUUUUUCGUUUUUAGGCCUCUUCAGGACUUAUAUUGUACAGUAACUCAAUCGUUUGCCGAAUUCACCUUUGUUUUACCGAGAAAUGGUCAAGGAAACUUUCACUUCAUCGUCAUCAGUAGACUGCAUUUAUGUACAACAGGGAAGCUCACAAAUGUUGGAACUUGUUUAACAAUGAAAUCGGUGUAACCCGAUCUAAAAUGGAAGAAACUAAUGCAGCAUUUGUUGUGCUUGGAUUUACCGAGUUGAAGUCAUGAAAGGGGAUGGCAUACAAUAUACUUUCCAAACUUUUGUUUCUUGGUGUUUAUGGAGACACAAUUCCAACUAUUUCAUACAACUAAACCGGGUGUAAACAUGUAACAUAUCAGUGCCGUUUUUCUCAUAUUUUUC